UUCUGUUCUGCUUCCUUGUUAAUAAAGUUUCCUUUAAAGGAAAAAAAAACACGAUGAGAAAAUGGCGGAGCUCAACCGGCGUUUAGGAACCGGAUCGGUCCGUUUUGCGCUCAAACUGUGGGACCGGUAUCCUCAAACGAAGCGUCAAAGUCACGGGAGAAGUGCGGCAAAUGCAUCCUUUUUCUCAGUGGGGUUGGUGCUUGAUGACAUUGAAAACUGUGGAAGAAGUGGCCUAAAAAAUGGAGCGACGGACGGAUAUUCGAGACCUUCUCGGUACAGUUACAUAACUCUGAAGGCUUUGCCAGGUUCGGUGGACGUUGGCUCAGACACGAGACCAUUUGCUGGAAAGGCUUCUGUGUUUGAAGACAAUAACGUCACUCGGUUUCCAGCUGUCAAGAGACAUUUUGUUCGAAGCCAAUGCUUAAUUAGUAACUUGUGGAGUACUUUGCCUUCCCUCCGACACAAAGGCCGUCGGGAAAAUGGUUCCGCUUUCAUUCGGGAAUUCAGCAGCAACGGUGCCAGAACGGAGCCUUUAUACAAAACCAAAACCGGAUAUUAUGAAGUCCUCCAAGUGACAUCCGUCGCCUCUCAGGCGCAGAUAAAAACAGCGUACUACAAGCAGUCGUUCAUCUACCACCCUGACAGAAACGCCGGCAGCGACGACGCUACGGCCCGCUUCUCGGAGAUCAGCGAGGCGUAUACCGUGUUGGGAAACAAGGCGCUGCGGAGGAAGUACGACCGGGGUCUGCUCUCCCCGGCAGACCUCACGGCCGCCGUCAGGCCCUCCGCCAAGGACACUUCCGGGGGUUCGGCCAAACGGGGCAGCAGCAGUAGCUCGGUUGGGAAAGUGGGCACUCAAGGAGGCACUUUUGACUUCGACCAGUUUUACAAGUCUCACUAUAGCGAGCAGCUGCAGAGGCAACGAGAUAUCCGAGUCCGGAAGGAGGAGAUAAUGAACCGGAAGCGGGAAACAAUGGAGGACAGAAAGCUGGGGAGACUGUUCGAGGUCACAAUAGCAGUGCUGCUGAUAUUCGCCUUUGGGUUGAUACGAAAUAUACAGAGGGGAUGAAGCUGACGUAGUUAUUACACGGGGCAUGGUGUCAUUUGAAGAAAUCACUCAGAUUUUUGAGGAAAACCAGGAAUUAAUCAGAGCUUUUAUUGUGAAAAUCCAUAACUUUAACCUCUGAGAUCGUUUCUUUACUGGAAUUGAUUUCACUCCAACAACUAUCUUUGCUGCUUUACAAAUAUCUAGUCAUUAUGGCCUUUCAGGCCUUUUGUUUUUGGUCUGUUAUAUUGCGUCAUAAUCCUCUUUUUUUAUUUAAAGCUGAUCAGGUUAAAUAAAUGUGCCUUUUUGCGAAUUUCAUUGUAAAUGCAGACAAUUAUGUCAGACUCCUACAAAAUAAAAGCAUUGCUGGCCACAUCA